GCAACAUGAAACCAAGGAACACCUCGAUUGUCGGCAUUAGUCAUAUUAUUCAGCAGACCGACAUAAAUAACACGUUUAACAUCAAAGUUCACGUUUAUUGACGCACGCCAUCACGCCCCAUCGAUGCGUCUAAAAAUACCCGCGUCUUGCAGUCUAUCGGUUUCCGAACGCACCUCCAGUCUGCUCCAGGCAGCCAUUGCAAUCACAAUUUUGCCGCGCUUUGCGCAACAUUUUCGUAAUUUUUUGUUUCAAUCAACUGAAAUUAUAGUGUUAUUUAAAUUUAUAUUUAAAGGUGAAUUUUUAAUAAUGAUGGCGUUUAAAAUGGGCUUGAUAUUGCCGCCUUUUAUUUUAUUGGUAUUUAUUUGUGCGGAUGUCAUGGCAAAGGAUUCGGCGGAAGUGACGGAGCGUAUUGGAGAGACUAAACAGACCUUUAAGGUCAACACCGGCGCCCCGCUGAUGUUCGCAGACGAACUAAAACAGACGCUGGAGAAGUACCUCUUCGGGAUGUGUCCGAGCGGCUACAAGUAUCUUUCGCAGAUGCCGAAGCCGAAGAACGCCACCACUGUCAGCUGCGACCUCGACUCGGAGCAGCAGGACCUCGCUGGAAGAUUAGCGGCCCUAGCGCUCCGAGCGCACUCGGCCGGACGCGGCGACUGCUCGCGGCUCGGCGUCGCGCUCGCCAACACGUUCGGCGAGCUUGCUCGCACCGCCGCCAACAGGCACGCGCUUAGCCAAGCAGCGACAAACGAAGCGAACAAGAAACGCAAGCUCUCCAAGAGCCAAAAAGCGAAGAUUCAAGCGAAGCAGCGGACCGCGCUGGCAGUCAAGAAGAAGGCUGCUGCCUUAGCUGCCGCCGCCGCUGCCAAAAUAUCCGCGUAGAUACUAGCUUUUCCUCUAAAUAAUUAUUUCCUUAGUAAACAAUAUGUCUUAGAGCCCGACCAAGCUUUCAAAGGCCGAGAAAGCUAAGAUUCAGGCAAGGCUGCGGAACGCACUGGCCGUCAAUCAAGAAGACUGCUGCUUUAGCUGCCGCCGCCGCUGCCAAAAUGUCCGCGUAGAUUAGAUAUACUUUGUCAAGCAAUUCCCGUCAGUAGAAAAGAGCGGCAAACUGUAGGCGCGAAGGGUUAUCGUCGCAUAGAAAAUUUGAAUUUGGCGCCUUUUUCUACAGACAAACUUGCUUGUCGGGCCUUACUAGCUUUUACUUUAAAUAAUAAUUUUCUUAGUAAAUAUAUUGUCUAGAAUGGCAACAUCUAUUGACCCAUUUAUUAUAAUCUGGCACUGUAGUGUCGUCCCUUUCAAACCAAUUUAUAUAAGAAAAAGGGACGACACUACAGGGGUGCCAAUUUUUAAUUUCAAUUAUUUUUGCCAGACUGUUUAUGCACCUACGCCGUUCCAACUCGUCAGUGGAAAAAGGCGCGAAAUUAAAUUUAUGUAUUGAUGUAUGUAUAUAUUUUUGUGUAUCUUUUUGUAUUGGUGUAUACUGUAAGUAGGUAAAAUAUAUUAACGACUGUUUGACU